AUGGCAAAUAGUAUGGAUUUAUUACAUGCAGCUGAAUGUGGUCGUUUAUCAAUAGUUAAAAACUUAGUAUCAAAAGAUAAAUCUAUAAUUCGUACAUGUCGACAUAAAGAUUCUCAUAAUCGAGCUUUUAAUACUGACGCUUCAGCUAUUCAUUAUGCUUGUCGAUCUGGUCAUUUAAAUAUUGUAAAAUAUUUAUUACAACAAGACUCAACAAUUAUUAAUGAUAUCGAUAUUGAAUAUUGGACACCAUUACAUUAUGCUUGUAAUAAUGGACAUAUCAAUAUAGUAAAAUUAUUAUUAGAAUAUAAUGCUGAUGUUAAUAUCAAAGAUAAUUAUUUAUUUCAAACACCUAUACAAUUUGCUAUAUAUAGACAAUUUGAAGAUAUUGUUCAUUUAUUAGAUCCAAAUAUAGAAUGGAUACGUCGAAAUUUUGAUGAAAUAUCAACAAAAGGAAAUGUAUCUGUACUUCGUAAAAAUUCAAAUUUAUUUCUUGGAAGAUAUAUUUUAAAUGAAAAUCAUGUUAAAGAAAUAGAAUUAUUUCGAAAUAAUUCACAAUUAAAUGAUAUUGAAUUAAAAAAAAUUCAAGAUAAUGAAUUAUCAAAUCUUAAUGUUCGAAUAAUAUUUACACAUGAUUUUAAAAAACAUAUUAAUAAAACAAUACAAUUAGCAUCAAAUAAUGAUGAUGAUGAUGAUCCUUUUUUAAGAUCAUCAACAACAUCAACAAAUGAACAUAUUAUGGUUUUUGAAGAUAAAUAA